GAUAGCUGAAAAAUGUUAAACAUUGUAGAAAUGUCUACUAAAGGCAUUGAUUGCUAGAGAAAUACAAUAAACACUGUAUGCCUUUCAUACUGUCCUGUGUUUCCUUUCAAGAAAUACAAUAUUGCUGUGUCCUUGGGUUGAUUAAAGACUGAAGAUUAAGGCUUCUGUGGCUGGCCAAAGGAAGCUGAUAUACAGUAUCUGGGUGUGUAGUUCUGCAGGUCUGUGGGACAUGACUUGGGUACGGUUUUCCAGUUUCCAGCUCAGUGUAUUAAAGCUACUUCACAGACAAGGAUUAAUUUGAUCAAUGUCAUGUCACUCGAACAGCUCCAGUUCCCCCAGCACCAGUUUUUGCCUCACAUCUGCCAUUUCUGCUUCCAUCUCUGAAGUGCUCUGGGAAGGCACCCAAAUUUACCCUGGAGAGGUAAAAGGGGAAUGCAUGGAAAAAGAAGGUGAUUCCUUGGAUGCGUUUCCUUGCUCCUGGUUGUUCCUGGUGUUUUACUCUGCAAAGCAUCUCCUUUCUCCUGUUGAUUUCCUGUGAAGUACCCUCUCUCAUGAUUUUUAUAUUGCCUUUUGAGACACUAUAAAGAAAGUUAUUUUCUUAAUUGAGGAGUCUGGCAAAGCCUUGCUUGUCAGGGAUGAGGAAAUGUCUGGUUGGGCUUUGUCAGAAAGCAGAGGUUCCCACGAAGCUGAACUUAGAAGUGCUUCCAAUGUACCGAACUGAUUUUUAGCUGUGGUGGGGGAAGAGUAGGAAUAGAACCUCUGUGUCUGCUGAGCCUCAGCUGUUACCCACAUUUGUGCUACCGCAAACUUAUUAGAAUGUUCUGGGUCUAAGUAACUUCUGUCACGUUGAAGUUCAGCUUGUCUUUUCACUCUGCAAUAUUACAGGAGCUCUUGUAGCUUCUUUCUUACAGCACACAGCAGGCCCUUGUUUGUCCUGUGCCCUGCAUGAAUGCUUUUUAACCCUGUCACCUCAUCAUGAAGGAUUGUACAGAGCCCUGUCAGUGCCAUUAUUUGCACCUGUGGCAACAAGCUUUUCCAGCACUUUCUUUGACUUCAACUGGGCAAACUCCUCGUUAGCCUGUCUGCCAGCUGAGCACAUAAUCAAUGAGCUGGAGGUGCUUUUGUGUGAGCAGGAUAGCAGCUGGUUUUGCUUACACUUUUACCUUGGCAGGACAUUUUCCAUAUCCUCUGCCAAAAAUAUAUAGCAACUGGCUUUUUGUCAGCCUGCCCAACUUGAGUUUCUGGCCUGACAGACAAUUUCUUGCUGCACUGAUUUGUAGAGACUAUGCUUGGAAAGCACCAAAGUCUAGUAGCUUGUGUACAUGCAUACUGAGGCUAUACCAGACAACACUCACAUGGGGACCCUACUUGUGGUUUCACAUGCUGCGAGUUGCCACAUCAACCUUAUCAGUGUGUGAUUUCCUGGGGGAAAAGAUUGCAUCUGUUCUGGGAAUAAGCACACCAAAAUACCAAUAUGCCAUUGAUGAGUAUUACAGAAUGAAGAGAGAGGAGGAAGAGGAGGAACAGGAAAACAAGAUGUCAGAAGAAGCAGAAAGACAGCAUCAGGAACAGCAGAACAAUCCACAAGCUGAAGCUCCUGUCCAGACAGACCAGCCUGGAGCAACAGCAUGCUCUUCAUUUGUGAAUGUAAACUUUGAAAAUGAGGGAGAUUGCCCACCCAUUGCAGAAAAUAAACAAGAUGUCGUUCCUGUCCCUCCUUAAGCGUAAAGCUCUGUAUAAUGUAGGAAAUAAGAACUGUCAGGUGUCACAAUCUGCCUAUAAACAGGAAAAAUAGGAUUAUGCUUGUUCAGUGAAAUACAACUCUUAUCAUUCUUAUUGAUCAGGAGAGAGCUAGGUGAUGUCUGUUCAGUCUGUCUGUCUAAUAAAGGAUGAGGCAUUCUGCCAAAUUGGCAUUUCAGUUGAAAGGAAAAUUGCACUACAAACAUUUGGUCUGAAAUUGAAUGUGUGAGCUAAUUUCUGUGUAAAGCAAGUAGAAAUGUCUUUUCUUUGAAUUGCUGUGUCUCUAACACCUGUGGAAUGCAGAGGCAGUGCUGUUUACUACUUCUAAAAACCUGAUUUGCACACUGUUUGCAACUCGGCUCUCUAUGAAUAGAUUAAUAGGAAUUAAUAUCCUGUAACUCAAAAGUAAUUAUAAUAGAGUCUUAUGCCCCCUAUUUAUUGUCACUGUUGUAUGCAUGUAUUUUUUUUCUGUUGUUAACAUAAGAGAAAAAUGUUAGAUUUAAUGUUAAUUAGAUUAAAGGGUCCACUGAUUUAUUUUUUUUCCCAAGUAAAAAUACCCCAACUUUCCAGAAGGCUAUAAGCACCCGUAAGAACUUACUAACAAGUACCAGCACUCUUGGAGGCUAAUAGUGCUCAGCUGCUCCGUUCAGUGCUGUAGCAAAGUUCAGAACUAACAUCAGUGAAGGCUGUUCUCACUCCAAGCUCAAGAAUUAAUAGACCUAUGUGCCUGAAUGCACGCUCUCAGUGGUCCUGGGAAAGAAACUGAAGUCUUGCAAAAUUAUACGAAGUGCAUUGGACACUCUAUGUAGUACGGUCUAGAACUGAACGUUUUUGGACAUGGAUUACCCAAGUCUGUGUAUCUGAGUAACCUAAACAAAGCAUGUGUUGAAUGUUAAAUUACCAGUAUGGGAUGUUCUACUGCAGAUGGUUUUCAUCCUGUUAGCACAGAAUACAUAAAUAGCUAGGAACAACAAAACCAAACUUAGGACUCUUUCCUUCUCUAAAAUAAUGUGAUAUGAUACUGCACUGGCAACAACAGAAAUUUUUAUUUUUGUCUACAUGAAGUGCAGGAAGCUCCACAUCUAAUACCAAGUAAGGCCAUUUUACUGCAAGGACUGUAGUACCUAUAGCUUGUAAAAGGUGAAUGGUUUAUUUUUGAACAAUCAGCUGUCAUUGCCCCAGUCACUUUCUAUGGACAAUUGUUGUAGGUAUAGGAGCAGAGAACCUGCACCAGUUACUACAUAGAAGUUUACUUCUGUCCUUGAGAUUUCUAAAAAAAAAAAAAAGUUGAAAAUAGUCCUCAGUGAAAUUGGGUUGUUGGGUAUCAUGAUGUGUCCCUGGCUUUGCUCCCACUGCCAACUAAGGAACCUGAUGUAACACCACAGGUCAGGUAACUUGGCUCUUGGUGUCAGCAAUUAACUAUGUAUUUCAGAUGACACUCUGCCUGAACUAAUAUCCUGUACAGCACAAACUCUUCCUCUCAUCUGUCUGUAGCUCUACAACACUACAGAAAAUCUAAGGGGGAGGAUUCAAUCAUGCACUCUAGAGUCCAUCUCUUUUGGUACUCCAUUCUUUGCCUUUUCUAAAUUUUAAGACAGAGAGUGUUGACCACAGGGUAAAAUCACUCCUUAGCCCUGAACAUCUGUAAGGGAGAGUUUGAUUCAACACCUGGGGAAUACACAGAAAACCAGCUUGUUAGGAGUUCUUAUAUCAUCAAAGAAAAAAAAUCUCUGAUAGCUUGAAUAAUACCUUGACAGCUGAAGGAUAUCUUGCUUUUCUUCCAAUAAAUUAAUGUCAAUUUUUUUUUUUACCUCCUUCCCCUACUAUUCAUUGCAUAACAAAUGCUCUCACUGCCUUCUUUGUAUAAAAUACUGUAUUACUCACUGUGCCUUAACUUAAUCCUUCCUUUUUUUCAGGCUGUAUGGAAGUGGUUACUUUCAUAUUGGUUUAAUUUUUCUGUAAAUGCAUUAAUUGGUUAUUUUAUAUUUAAUAUAAUUUUUGAACUGGAAGUUGGCUAUGGAUUUUCCUUUAAAACUGUGUGGUCUUUGAAACUUUAUGCCUGUACACAGGUGCAUGUGCCUGUUUACUGUUUUCAUCUUUACCCAGUCACAGAUCCUGGUUGAAUAUUCAGGCACCAGAAUUCAAAAUAUCAUUUUACCCCCUUCCUUAGACUGUCAUGUAGUACUCUGUGUUCACCACUACCUCAAGCUAAUAAAUAAUGCAGGAUUGCAAACA